CUAUUUGAGGCGGUUACCUCCCACGAACUGCUUCUUCCCUUGACUGGAAGUCCUCGCUGGCUACAUGGUGAUGCUAUGCUCUCUCGCCUGACUUUCCCUGCCGCCAGCCCUCAACAUGAGGUUCUCCGUCGCUAAUGCACUGGCCCUUGUUGCCCCCCCGCUGCUGGCACUCACUGCGGCGGCCGACCCUCUCGAGUACAGUUCGACGCCCGCGGGCCAAGUGAUCAAGGACGGAGUGAAGCUGAGGAUUCUCCCCGUCGGCGACUCCAUCACCGUGGGGUUCCUGAGCAGCGAUGGGAACGGAUACAGGUUGAAGCUCGACGAGAACCUGUCCGCCAACGAUGUGGUUUUUGCCGGCGACGUGACCGGUGGCACCAUGGCCGACGGAUACUAUGCGGCCUGGUCCGGACGGACGAUCAAGUACAUCGCCGACAACGUCGGCCCGUCCCUGGAGCAGCGGCCGAACAUCAUCCUCCUCCACGCCGGCACCAACGACAUGAACCCGAACCCGGACAUCUCCCAGGAGGGCAACGACCCGGCGGGCGCCGCCGGGCGGCUCGGCUGCCUCAUCGACCAGAUGAUGGCCGCCUGCCCGGACGCCGCGAUCCUCGUGGCCCAGAUCGUCAACACGUGCGACGCGAAUCAGAGGCCCGGGACCGAGGAGUACCAGAAGCUCAUCCCGGGCGUCGUCGAGCAGCGGAGGGCCGCCGGCCACCACGUCCUGGCGGUGGACUUCGCCGCGCUGGGCGACGGCGUCCUGCGGGACGACUGUAUCCAUCCCUCGGACGAGGGGUACCGCACCAUGGGGGACUACUGGUACGACUUCAUCGCCCAGAUCCCCAAGGAUUGGAUCACCGAGCCGGUCGGCGAUGACCCCGAAAGGCCAAAGAAUGAGGUUGCCAGCGCGAACAACGUGUCGGGCAGUACCAGCGCGUUCGCCGCUGGGUUCGGAGGGAACUGGGUCGCGUCUCUGGCGAUUUCGGUAACGACCGCAAUAAAGAUAAUGAGUAAUUGAGCCACACUUUGAUGAUAUUUCUUUGAACCCUUUUGGAGGGGGAAGGGAGUGAAUCAUGUCACCAAAUCAGUGAGUGUACCAGCAAAAUGGC